GCUCAGUGCACAGGCUGAAGAACUGCCAAUCGACACCAGACUGGGAAACAGCGGAGUGCUUUCAGUAAGGAUUGGUGCUGAAAGGUUAUCAGGAGUGACAGCACAGAGAAUGUGGGCGAUGGAUUCUCUCUCAGUGGCUUUGCUGUGUGCUGCCUUGGCACAUGCUGGCUGCAGUGGACAACCCAGAGCGACGGAGGGAGGCCGCAGGAGGCUCAGCAAGGUUCAGCAUGGAGCAUGCAGCUACACCUUCGUCCUGCCUGAGCCGGAGGGGGGCUGCCGCGGCUCUGCGGACCACCCCAGCAGCAAUUCCCUCCAGCGGGACGCGCCCCAGGAAGACCAGGAGUGGCCCUCGCAGAAGCUGCAACAGCUGGAGAGCAGGUCGGACAACAACACCCAAUGGCUACGCAAGCUGGAGAAUUAUAUCCAGGAGAAUAUGAAGGCCGAGAUGGUUCAGAUCCAGCAGACUGCCGUUCAGAAUCACACAGCUACUAUCCUGGAGAUUGGUACCAGUCUGCUGAGUCAGUCAGCAGAGCAAACACGCAGACUCACAGAUGUGGAGACGCAGGUCUUGAACCAAACCUCAAGGCUCGAAAUUCAGCUUUUGGAAAAUUCCUUGUUUACAUACAAGCUGGAGAAACAACUGAUUCUUCAAACCAAUGAGAUCUACAAGCUGCACGAUAAGAACAGCUUUCUGGAACAGAAACUUCUAGAAAUGGAAGGCCGACAUAAAGAGGAAGUCGAGACGCUGAGGCAGGAGAGGAGCAGCCUCCAAGACCUGGUCCUCCGUCAGAGCCGGGUCAUCGAUGAGCUAGAGGCAAGAUUGAACCGAGCUACUGUCAACAACACCAGCUUGCAGAGACAACAGCGAGAGCUGGCAGACACGGUGCAGAAUCUCCUGAAACUGGUGUCACAAGGAGGAGGAGUCGCAACAAAAGGCACCAAAGAGGAGAAACUGUUCCGCGACUGUGCGGAAGCCUAUCAGAGUGGUUACAACACAAGUGGCGUCUACACCAUUCGCAUCAACAAUAUGUCAGAGCCUAAGAAGGUGUACUGUAACAUGGAGACAGCAGGAGGCGGUUGGAUGGUCAUACAGCACAGAAGAGAUGGUAGUGUGGAUUUUCACCGCACCUGGAAAGAAUAUAAAAUGGGCUUUGGGAAUCCAGCUGGAGAACACUGGCUCGGCAAUGAGAUGAUCUUCCUUCAAACAAACCAGCGACAGUACUCACUGAGAAUCGAUUUGAGAGACUGGGAGGGAAACCAGGCCUAUUCGUUCUAUGAGAAGAUGCAAGUGGCAAGUGAAAAGCAAAAUUACAGGCUCUUUCUGAAAGGAUACAGUGGCACAGCUGGCAGGCAGAGCAGUUUGCUUUUACAUGGAGUGGACUUCAGCACCAAAGACAUGGAUCACGACAAGUGCAUUUGCAAGUGUGCCCAGAUGUUAACAGGAGGCUGGUGGUUUGAUGCUUGUGGACCUUCCAAUCUCAACGGGAUUUAUUACUCGGCAGGACAGAAGCUAGGCAAGCUGAACGGCAUUAAGUGGCACUACUUCAAAGGCCCGAGUUACUCCUUACGCAUGGUCACCAUGAUGAUACGGCCUUCGGGUUUCUGAACCAAACUGCUCAAGCCAAACCCCAGUACUAACCUGAAACUAGAUCAGGACAAUUCCAGGAGCCACCUUCCUCCAGAACCUUGCUCUCUCUCCAGCAUCAAGGAUUAGUGAAAGAAUUUUGACUCGCUGCAUUUGCUCCUUUUCCCAGCAUGUCCAUGCUCACGUUGACCCUUGCAGAUUUUUAAUAACAUUUGUUUAUUUGCCCUUGCUGCAAUUAAUAGCAGUUUGGAACUAGUAAGGGGAAGAAGAGAGAGAGAAAAAAAUCCUUUUCAUGUUCAAAUUGACGCAGGACUGCUAAAUAUUAGUGCCUUUAUUGCUGUGAUUUUACCUCCCAGUAUCUCUCACAGGAACCCAUCGACCAAUCCGCUGAGGGUUAGGCCGUUCUUGCUAGAGGCAGUAAAAGGUCGCUUUUUGGAAGUUCCAUAUG